UCCCUGCAUCCAGGAUAACUUGCCACAUAAGGGCCCAAUUCUCACCUAGUCCAGCACACAGUAGGGGCUUCACUCACUGAAAAGCCCAGUGGAGUGAUGAAACCAUAUCUGCUAUUUUCAUUGAUCUUGGUUUCAGCCCAUUUCACUUGGCAGGACACUGAAGUCCACAGGAGCCCAAGUCAAGCGGGGUCCAAGAAUCCAUGGGCUAGGCAGGUGGGGUGGAGGAGGGCCCCCAGUACCCAAGAGGUACCCCAUGAUCAGGGGCCCACCCCCUCCCCUGGACCGCCCCACCCACCGGGGCACCAGCCACUCCCUGGGGAGGAGGGUGGAGGGAGAGGGGAGGGAGCAAGGGAGGGAGGAAGAGAGCCUCAAAGGCCAAGGCCAGCCAGGACACCCCCUGGGAUCACAUUGAGCUCACCACAUCCCCAAGGCGGCUGAACCCUCUGCACCAACCAGCCCAGGCUAAACCCCAGAGGCCCCAUGGAGUUCCCUGGCCUGGGGGCCCUGGGGACCUCAGAGCCCCUGUCCCAGUUUGUGGAUCCUGCUCUGGUGUCCUUGACACCAGAGUCAGGGGGCUUCUUCCCCUCUGGGUCAGAGGGCUUGGAUGCAGCAUCCUCUUCCACCACUCCGGGCACAGCCACUGCUACAGCUGCUGCAUUGGCCUACUACAGGGACGCUGAGGCCUACAGACACUCCCCAGUCUUUCAGGUAUACCCAUUGCUCAACUGUAUGGAGGGGAUCCCAGGGGGCUCACCAUAUGCUGGCUGGGCCUACGGCAAGACAGGGCUCUACCCUACCUCAACUGUGUGCCCCACCCGUGAGGACUCCCCUCCCCAGGCCCCAGAAGAUCUCAAUGGGAAAGGCAGCACCAACUUCCUGGAGACCUUGAAGACAGAGCGGCUGAGUCCAGACCUCUUGACCUUGGGGCCUGCACUGCCUCCAUCACUCCCUAUCCCCAGCAGUGCUUAUGGGGGCCCUGACUUUUCCAGUACCUUCUUUUCUUCCACUGGGAGCCCCCUGAUUUCAGCAGACUAUUCUUCUCCCAAGCUUCGUGGAACCCUGCCCCUGCCUCCCUGUGAGGCCAGGGAGUGUGUGAACUGUGGAGCAACAGCCACUCCACUGUGGCGGAGGGACAGGACAGGCCACUACCUGUGCAAUGCCUGUGGCCUCUACCACAAGAUGAAUGGGCAGAACAGGCCCCUCAUCCGGCCCAAGAAGCGCCUGAUUGUCAGCAAACGGGCAGGUACUCAGUGCACCAACUGCCAGACAACCACCACGACACUGUGGCGGAGAAAUGCCAGUGGCGACCCUGUGUGCAAUGCCUGCGGCCUCUACUACAAGCUACACCAGGUGAACCGACCGCUGACCAUGCGGAAGGAUGGUAUUCAGACUCGAAAUCGCAAAGCAUCUGGAAAAGGAAAAAAGAAAAGGGGGUCAGGUCUGGGAGGUACAGGAACAACUGAAGGACCAGCUAGUGGCUUCAUGGUGGUGGCUGGGGGCAGCGGUAGUGGGAAUUGUGGGGAGGUGGCCUCAGGCUUGGCACUGGGCCCCCCAGGUACUGCCCAUCUCUACCAAGGCCUAGGCCCCAUGGUGCUGUCAGGGCCUGUCAGCCACCUCAUGCCUUUCCCUGGACCCCUUCUGGGCUCACCCACAGGCUCCUUCCCCACAGGCUCUGUGCCUCCCACCACCAGUACCACUGUGGUGGCUCCACUCAGCUCAUGAGGGCACAGAGUACAGCCUCAGGGGUAGGGCUGGUGUACCCCUCCUCUUGUAGCCAGCAGUCUGGACAACUCAACCCUCUGGGCUCCAGACACCCACUGGCCUGGACCUUCAAAGCUUUUGUAAAAUAAAACCACCAAAGCCCUGAAA